AUGGAUGAACAACGACAGAAACAAAAACGCCAACAACGUAUUCGUUCAAUAAUUCAUUUCAUACAAGGAGUAGCUGUAACUCUGUUCACAUUUGCAGCCUUAAUCGUCAUAUAUUUAACAGUUGUUUAUCGUGCACGUGUCAUACCAUUUACAAAUUAUGCCAUUGUUUUUGAUGCUGGAAGUUCACAUACGGAAAUGUUUGUGUAUCACUGGCCAGCAGAUAAAUCCGAUGGAUUAGGUACAACGUCGUCUGUCAAUGAAUAUUUCGUUUGUGGAUUAGCUGCAAUUAAUACUGAUGAUUCGAAGAAGAAGGGUGAAAAGAAUAAACUGAAAGCUAUAUCUGAUUUCGAACACAAUCUCGAUCUGUUGCACGAUUAUUUCCGACCGUGUUUAGAACAAGCUGUAGCGAAAAUUCCUUCGAAUCGUCAGAAAUUUUCACCAAUUUUUCUUGGUGCUACUGCCGGCAUGCGCCUCUCCCGCUUACGUAAUGCAACACGUUCAAGUCUAAUCAUGGAAACAAUACGCGAUAUUUUUUCAAGAUAUCCAUUUCAAUUCGUUGCUGCACGACAAGUGCGCAUACUGACUGGAAUGGAAGAAGCCAUUGACGGAUGGAUAACAACAAAUAUUCUCUUAGAAAAAUUUAAACAUCGUCACGAAAAACAGAAACUACUAAAUCCGUAUGGUAGUCCCGACGAACUCGAUCCAAACAUGGUUGGAGUACUUGAUCUUGGUGGUGCGUCAACACAGGUUACAUUUACAUAUGUACGUAAUAUCGACGAUGAGCCAAUUCCGGAUGAAUUUACAACGAAUAUAACACUAUUCGAUACUAUUUAUAGCCCCUAUGCUCAUAGUUACUUGUGUUGGGGUAAAAACGAAGCGUUAAGACGCUAUCGUGCUCGUCUAGUUAAUGCGGCUAUUAAUGUUAAUCGAACCUAUUUGCCUUCUUCGACGCGAAUUCUUAUACGUGACCCAUGCUUAGCUCGUGGUGCGAACGAUACUAUACCAAUUUCGAAAGUCUUCGGCUCACCAUGUACACUGAAUGAACAGCAAAAAUUCAAUCCAAAUCUCAAUAUCUCGUCAUUAACAUUUGUUGGAUCGGGUAAUGCCAGUCUUUGCCGUCAACGUCUGAUUAAUUUAUUCGAUGCAAAACGUAAUGACAAAACAGUGAAUUGUUCAUUUAAAAAAGACUACUGCACGUUUGAUCAUACAUUUCAACCAACGUUACCAUCAAAGAUUCAUUUCAUUGGUCUGUCGGGUUACUACUAUGUAUUCAAUAAUUUAGCUCAUGGCAUGUCGCCGUCACCGGGAAUAACCAAAGAACGAUAUAGAUUAAAAGAUUUCUCUGCGGAGGAAAUAUCUAAACGCUUAGUGAAUGUGUGUGAAACUCCUUAUCCAGCAUUAUACGAGCAAGAAUCAAUGACGUCACAUAAUGAAGUACAUAAGCGUGCCUUAUGUUUUGAUGCAUGGUACACAUGGCUUCUACUCACAUAUGCAAUUGGUUUCAAGGAAGAAGAUUUAAAACGGUUAAGUUUUGCGAACAAAUUUCCAACAGGUAAAGUGGGAUGGACACUUGGCUAUAUGAUUAAUCAAACGAAUUACAUUCCGGCUGAAUUUCGUGAAAAACCAAUAGGCAAACAACAGUACAUCAGCUGGGUUACGGUCUCAUUUAUUGUCGCAUUAGUUACAUUGGUAUUUCUCGUGCUUACGUGCCAUGCAUACGUACGUCACGUCUAUCAAAAACGAACAAAUCGAUUCAAUAACGUAAAUAAAAAUCAAUAUGCUAUACCAGCUGAACAAUCGCUUACUUAG